AUGGCGUCUAGUAGUAGAACUAUGGAAGAUUUGGGACAUCAAUGGGCUGAUCUACAAGUGGAAGAUGAGAAUGAAGUGGGGCUUUUAUUUGAUCAGGAGGAGGUGUUGGUUGAUGAGUUUGAUGGGAGGUGGUGUUUAGUCGGGAAAUUACUAUCUGAUAGGCCGGCUGAUUUUGACUCUCUAAGGAAUGUAAUGGCGUCUUUGUGGCGACCGGGGAAAGGGAUGUACGUCAAAGAGUUGGAGACUAAUCGGUUCUUGUUUCAGUUUUUCCACGAGGUGGAUAUUGGCAGAGUUUUGGAAGGAACGCCAUGGACGUUCAAUAAAAGUCUGCUGCUGGUUGAAAGGAUACAGGGAGGGGAGAAUCCUCGGACUAAAUCGUUAAAUAGCAUGGAAAUAUGGGUGCAAGUUUAUAACCUCGAAAUCGGUUUUCGAUCGGACCGUGUGUUACAAGGAGUGGGAGCGUACAUUGGUAAAUAUGUGUCUUCUUGUCCGAAAAACUUUGCUGGUAUUUGGAGAGACUACUUCAGAGUUCGAGUGCAGAUCAAUGUAGAGAAACCAUUAAAACGGAGAAUGCGUAUCUAUAAAAACAAGACGGAGUGGUUCUGGGCUGACUUUAAGUACGAGCGGGUGCCAACGUUUUGCUUCAUUUGUGGUACAAUUGGACAUUCGGAAAAAUUCUGUCAUCGGUUGUUUGAUGAACCGAUCGAAACAAUUGCCAAACCUUACGGGAUGUUUAUGAAAGCUCCAGACAGAAGGCAAGGAAAACAAAUCGGAGCUAGGUGGCUUAGAGAUAACAUGGGCCAACCGAUGGGUUCUUUUGCCGGCCAGAGUUCAUCGGAGAAUCAUGGGGAAGGUGGAAUCAAUCAGAAUCGGCCAUUAAGGGAUAUUAUUAUGAUUGAUGGAGUAGAUAGUGGAGAGAAAUCAGGGGAUACGAAUGUGGAAAGAAGGCAGGUUAGAGUUGAAGGAAAACAAGGAGAAGAUCAAGGGAUAUUUUCUAAGGAGAUAAAUGAGGAAAGUAAUGAGAUCAUAGCACAAGUGGAUCUCUUUGCUACUGAUUUAAAGAGGCGCCGUAUAAAUGGGGAAGGUCAAAGUGAACAAUUAAUUGGGAAGGAGGUGGGACCAGAUCUGGUACUUGGAGAAAGUGAGAGACCCAUCAAUGUGGAAAGUAGGCCUUUUGAAAAUGUCAUUAUUAAAAAUGGCAAAGAAAUAGUGGUGGACCGUGGGCUUGUUUCUAGUGUUGAGGAGGGGCUUGUGCAAGUGGACUCUGAUGCAUGCAUGGAGAUAAAUAAUGGCUAUCCUCAAUUUCGAGCAACUGGGUUCUAUGGAGAGCCCCAAAGAAGUCUUCGGCCAAAUUCAUGGCAAGCUAUUCGACAACUUUCGGGUGAGUCUUCUUUGCCUUGGUGUUUGUUAGGAGACUUGAAUAAUACAUUGAACCAUAGUGAUAAGAGGGGAGGUCGCCCUUACCCGAAUUGGUUACUUACUGGCUUCCAAGAUGUUGUUUCGGAAUGCCAUCUAAUUGACAUGGAGCUUCGUGGUCAUCCCUACACUUGGGAGAAAGGGAGAGGUACGGAUCAAUGGGUCGAGGUAAGGUUGGAUCGAGCUCUUAUUUCUCAUGAUUGGCAAACAUUAUUUCCUUCGGCUUUUCUUGAAAAUUUGGAGAUUACAGUGUCGGAUCAUUGUCCUAUAUGGGUUAAUCUUUCCAAGUCAAAACCGGUGCAAGUUCAUAAAAAAUUCCGUUAUGAGAACGCGUGGUCUCGUGAACCGAUGUGCAGACAGAUUGUACAAGCUAAUUGGGAGGAUAGUUCAAUUCAGUCUUUACAUGUCAAGUUGACUUCGUGUAGUAGUGCUCUUGCUGAGUGGGGUAGAGACAUCACAGGGAAUUUUAAUAAACAAAUUCGUCAAUGCAAUAAGGCUUUGAAGCUUUUGAAAGGGAGAAGAGAUCUUGUGUCUGUAUCGCGCUACAAGGAAAUUCAAGCUCAGUUAUCUGAAGUUUUGUCAAAGAAGGAAGUUUUCUGGAGGCAACGGUCUAAGCAAUUGUGGUUACAAGCUGGGGACCAAAACACUAAGUAUUUUCAUGCUUGUGCUAGUACUCGAAAAAGAAGUAAUCAGAUCGAUAGACUAAAGAAUGAUGAUGGUUUAUGGGUCGACUGGGACAAUGGACUUCCGGAUGUCAUGAGAAGAUAUUACACCGAGUUGUUCACUUCAUCUUGUUCGAACUGGCAGAGGGUAAUUGACUGUGUGGUCCCUCGUGUGUCUGAGGAUCAAAACCGAGACCUGUUAAUGGUGGUGGAAGAGGAAGAAGUUCGAAGAGCGCUUUUUCAAAUGCAUCCUGAUAAAUCGCCAGGCCCUGAUGGCUUUAAUCCUGGUUUUUAUCAGAAGCAUUGGGAUAUAGUCGGGAAGGACAUUACAACUUUGGUUCAGCGGUUCUUUUCUUGUGGUGAGUUUCCUGAUUACCUUAUACAUACUAAUGUAGUGCUUAUUCCGAAAAAGUCCCAUCCUGAAAGUAUGAAUGAGUUGAGGCCGAUUGCUUUAUGCAAUGUUACUUACAAGAUUUUAUCAAAAGUUUUGGCUAAUAGACUCAAAGGGAUUCUCACUCAAGUAAUUUCAGAAACUCAAAGCCCUUUCUUACCUGGGAGGCUAAUUACUGAUAACAUUUUGAUUUCGUAUGAGAUAAUGCACUAUCUCAAACGUAAACAAAAGGGUAAACAAGGCUUUAUGGCAAUUAAGCUGGACAUGAGCAAGGCGUAUGAUAGAGUUGAAUGGGGUUUUUUGGAAGCUAUGAUGAAAAAGUUGGGAUUCCAUGAUCAGUGCAUUCGCUUAAUUCUGAAGUGUGUGAGUUCGGUAGCCUAUAAGUUUGUAGUAGGAGAGCAUGAGGUCGGUCCAAUUGUCCCUUCACGAGGCUUAAGACAAGGUGAUCCACUAUCGCCUUACUUGUUCCUUUUGUGUGCUGAAGGAUUUUCUGCUCUGCUGCAUGACUUUGAGAGACGGGGUAAAAUUCGAGGUUGUAAAGUGGCUAGGGGAGCUCCUUUAAUAUCACACAUGCUGUUUGCGGACGAUAGUUACAUUUACUGUCAGGCCUCAGAGGAUGGAGCAAGAAAUGUGGUUAGUUUACUGGAUCUCUUUCAAGCAGCAUCUGGUCAACAAAUCAAUUGUCAGAAGUCUUCCCUUUUCUUCAGUCCGAAUACUAGUCAUGAUGAGAAAGUCCGAAUUUGUACAAUGAUGGGGAUUCAGGAAGCAAAUGAAAAUAGCCUUUACUUGGGCCUUCCGAAUACACUAGGCCGUAAUAAGACUGCAAUGUUGGGGUUCUUGAAAGAUAGAAUGAGAAAGAAAAUUCAAAGUUGGGAAGGGAAGUUUUUAUCAAAAGCUGGGAAAGAAUUGCUUAUCAAAACAGUGGCCCAAUCCCUUCCUAGUUACGCAAUGAAUGUCUUUUUAUUACCUGUGGAGACUUGCCAGGAGAUGGAACAACUAAUGUGUAAGUUUUGGUGGCAAUCUUCUACUAAGAACAAUAAAGGCAUACAUUGGAAGAGUUGGGACAAACUUACCAUUCACAAAUCUAAAGGGGGUAUGGGCUUUAGAAACUUUAGAGAUUUCAAUCUUAGUUUAUUGAGUAAGCAAGGUUGGCGUCUCUUAUCUUUUCCGGAAUCUUUGGUAAGUAGAAUUUUUAGAGCCCGGUAUUACAAGAAUGGGAAUUUUCUCUCGGCGGAGCUAGGUGGUAACCCGAGUUUUGUUUGGCGCAGUAUUCAUGAAACUCAAGAUUUGGUGCGCAAUGGGGUAAGAUGUCGCAUUGGCAAUGGGACUAAGGUGAACAUUAUUCGGGAUCCGUGGCUUCCCGACGCUGCAAAUCCAAUUGUUACUUCCUCUCAUCCGGCCUUAUUGGAUAAAAAUGUUAGUGUGUUGAUGGUUCCUGGAGAGUUAGCUUGGGAUGGAGACUUGGUGCGAGAUUUGUUUAACAACAGGGAUUCUAAUUUAAUUCUUAGCAUUCCCUUAUCUUCAAGUCGGAUAUGUGAUUCCUGGUUUUGGAACUUGGAAAAGACUGGGCACUUUACAGUUAAAUCAACAUACAGAUAUUUGCAACUGAAUAAGGAAGCCGAUGUUAAUUUAAAUAGCUCAGGGGUGUGGAAACUGAUUUGGAAAUUACGUGUUCCUCCUAAAGCUAAGGAUUUGUUAUGGCGAGCGGCUUCAGAUUGUCUUCCCACGAAAACAAGGCUCCAAUCAAGACAUGUACCGAUACAAAGCAAUUGUCCCAGGUGUGUUAAUCAACCCGAGACUCCGUUUCACUGCUUGGUUGACUGCCCUUUUGCUGCACAAUGUUGGAACUGCAGUGGUAUCACGCUAAAUAUUCAGGGUUAUGUUUCUUUUGCUGGUUGGUUGGAAGCUGCAUUUGAUCGAAUUGAUGCAGCAACUAGAGAACAAAUCGCCGUGACCUGCUGGGCGAUUUGGAAAACCAGAAAUGACCUGGUUUGGUCUGAGAAGGUGUCUACAGCCGAGAGUGUAGCUGUUCUUGCUCAGAUUACUCUCUCGAAUUGGUCUCAAGCUCAAGACAGAUCACUCGUCCCUCUUCCUGCUUAUCUCUCUGCUGCAGAUGGCUCGGAUACAUGGCAGAAACCAGCUGCUACAUCGAUAAAAAUCAAUGUUGAUGCUGCAAUUUUUGACAGCAAUGGCACAUAUAGCUUUGUGUGUGUUGCUCGGGAUGCAAGUGGCCAGUUGGUGGAGGCUAUCACAUGUUGUAGGGCUGGUGUUGUUCAACCGGAGAUGGCUGAGGCCAUGGGGGUUCGUGAAGCUCUCAGUUGGAUUAAGAAGAAGGCUUGGCACGGGGUAGUUGUGGAGUCGGAUUGUCUUUCGGUGAUUCAAGCAAUUCGUAGUAACCUUCCUUUAUUAUCUUAUUUUGGAAGUGUUAUAUCUGAUUGCAAAUUGUUAUUGGAACAAAUUGGUGAUGUUUCUAUUUAUUUUAUUAAGCGGUCUGCUAAUAGCGUUGCUCACUCCUUUGCGAGGGCUUCCUAUUUUGUUGCUGAUCGUACUCUCUUAAGCAAUGACGUUUCUACUGAUUUGCUUCAUGUAAUCAUGAAUGAUUGCAAUUACUAA